AUGAUUACAAAAAUUAUUCGAGAAGAGUUAGAAACUUUUAGACGCGAAUUUGAAGAAGUGAAAAGGAAUAUACAGGAGAAAACUACUGGAAUUGCAGGAAAGGGGCCAGGAAGUUAUAGUGAGGCAGUAAAAAAUAAGAAGAAAGAAAGUAUUUUAAUUGUCCAACCGAUAAAGGAGCAGGAGAGUGAAGCUACCAAGAAAUUGGUAAAAGAAAAAGUAGAUAUAAAGAAUCUGGAGGUAGGAAUUACAAAGCUGAGGAAAGGAAGUAAAGGCUCGGUUAUUCUGGGAUGUGAGAGCGAAAGAGAAAUGGAAAAACUGAAAGAUACAGUCUUAAAGCGUAAAGCUCAGGAAUCCAUAGCGGAGGAAUUGCAAGCGGGCAUGGUGUGCAAAAGAAGAUUGGAUCACUUGAAAGAUCACGCUAAUACCUCUCGGAGUGCUGUAAACCAGUGGAGACGACAGAGACUAGACAGAAUGUUAGUGGAAUAUUUUCUUCGUAAGGGAUACUACAAAACGGCAACUAAGCUGGCAGAUAGCAGCGAGCUUAGAGAUCUGACAAAUAUUGAUGUAUUUAUGGUAUCGAGAGAGGUGGAGAAAUCUUUGGCCAAUCAUGAAACCGCAAGAUGCAUUGGUUGGUGCCAUGAUAAUCGCUCAAAGUUACGAAAACUAGGCAGUACUAUGGAGUUCAAUUUGCGCGUGCAGGAAUUUAUCGAAUUAGUGCGAACUGACAGACGGCUCGAUGCUGUGAAGCACGCUCGCAAGUACUUUGCCAAUUAUGACGAGUAUCAGCUGCAGGAGAUCCAGUGUUGCAUGGGCCAGUUGGCCUUCCCAGCCCACGCAUACUUGAGUCCCUAUAAAGAUCUACUGGACGAAAAGAGGUGGGACAAGCUCAUCGAGACAUUUCGGCAGGAAAACUACAGAUUAUUUCAAUUGGCGAGUCAGAGCGUAUUCACGGUAGCUCUGCAGGCCGGCUUGUCGGCUCUUAAGACUCCCCAAUGUUACAGCGCGAAUAAGGAAGGCCGAAAUCCUAGCUGUCCAGUCUGCAACGAAGCGUUAAAUGAAUUAGCUGCACCAUUGCCUUUCGCCCAUUGCUCGCAAUCGCGACUCGUUUGUAGCAUAAGCGGAAAACCGCUGAACGAGUAUAACCAGCCUAUGAUGAUGCCGAAUGGAUAUGUGUAUGGUGAACAAGCAUUGGAAAAAAUGGCUCAAGAAAAUAACGGCACAGUGAUCUGCCCAAAGACCAAAGAAGUAUUUCCAUAUAAAAAGAUCGAAAAGGUUUACGUAAUGUAAACUUAUGCAUUGACACAAAGUAUAUACAUUGUACUAUAUGCUUAACGCUUAUGUUGGCCCUCCUCCUUGCUCCAAUCUCUCUCUGUUAUUUAAUAAUAAUUAAAUGUAGACUACGGAUAUCACUGGAACGAAAUAACAUUUCUAUUUUUAAGGAAAACUUGAUCGACUUAUUCACAUCCAUCCUGUAUAAAAAAAUAUGUAAGGUGACAAUUAUUAUUAUUGUUUGUUGUCGUAUGGUAUCAGUUAAUUAUUUGUUAACGGGGUGAGAUUAGUCUUUAUUCAUUUAUUUAACUUUCUUUCUACAAUAAAUUGAACAAUUCAAACUGUUUCCAUAAAUCUACUUAUUCAUAAAACGCAACCACGAAUUUCUUAUCUUAUAAGGUCUUUACAUAUGCAGGGUUUAUCAGAAUUUAUAUUUUGUAUCCGCGAACCGCGAAUGAAAAAAAUCGGUUUUCCAGAUAUCGAAUAAAACGAUGCACUAAAAUGUAAAAGUGUAAAAUGUAUAAUAUUAAAAAUUCUCUGAUGUUGAAUUUUAAGAAUGCGUAAAUUCAAUUAACUUAAUUCAUAAAAUUAAAUUUCUCUUCCAAAAAUUAAAUUUUAAAAGAGUCAGACAAUAGGAAACGAAUUAUUUCUCAAUAAUAUUCGAAAAAUAAUUUCACAAUUCAAUAUAUUUAUAAUCGAGAGGUCAAUUUGUUAAUCACACCCUGCAUAUCUGUAUGUAUAAUUAGUUAAUGUAUUGUGCAUACAUUCCAACAUAGAAACGAUAAAGCUCCUGACAAAGCAGUGAUAAUGUACGAAUCAACCUUACAACUUAUAUACCUUAUACUUUAAAGGCUUGUAUCAUUUUUAUGUAGAAAUGAAUGCGCAUAUUUAAAUCUUAUGUAUAAUGUAUAAUACUAAUGCGUGAAUAUUUUUAAGAGAUCGCUUAAAAUCUAAACGGUACGAUAUAUGCGCGAAACAAUCUGUCGAAUGAAAUUUAUUCGUGUGACCGAGAAUCCAUAUAAAAAUAUUUUAUCUACUCUA